UUUUAAAGAUGAGUCUUGAACAACAAUUAGACGAGGUCUUAAUUCAAAUGACCUCUCAGAUUGGAAAUGGCCUUGAUGGGCUACUCGAUCAAUUCUUUGGAUUCCUCCAAAGGAGAACUGACUUCUACUAUGAGCAAGAACCAGGUGAUAAAAUGGGCUUCCCACCAGGAGUUGCAGAAGGAAAAUGAUUCAACUAUUUCAAGAAAUAUCAAAUGAUGCAUUUCAAGAAAUUCCCUCAAAAGGAAGGCUUAGUAGAGAGAUGGAAGGAAUAUACUCAAAAGCAGAAGGAACAAGCUGAAGCAAAGAAAACUCAAGAAGCUGAUUCGAAGGUAGAAGAGGUUGAAGAAGAAAAGAAAGAAAUAUCUACAGAGGAGAAAGCAAAACUUAUGACACAACAAAUUAAGAAAGAUAAUGCUAAGGAGUUAGGAGUUCCUCCACCAACCUCUAUACCAGAGCCUCCGAAAGAAGCUCCAAAGGAGAUGCAGGAUAUUAGUACUUAUAAUGGAGAUUCUACUGAUAAAUAUAAGUGGUCUCAGGAUAUCACUGAAGUUAUCGUUCAGAUAGAUCUUCCAGAAGGAACUUCAGCUAAAUCCCUUGAAGUAGAUAUUAAAACAAAAUACUUGAAGGUAAAGAAUAAAGCUACUGGAGAUGAGUAUAUUGAUGGUGAACUCUUUGAAAAAAUUUCUCCAGAGGAUUGAUUCUGGAGUAUAGAAGACAAGAAGAGAUUAAUUCUUACUCUUACAAAAGGACAAGAAGUCAUAUGGAAGACCAUUAUUGUAGGGGAUCAAGAAAUCGAUCCAAAAACUGUAGAUAACAGCAAGAGAAUAGAUCAAUUUGACCAAGAAACACAAGGACAUUUGCAGAAAGUACUCUAUGAACAAAAUAGAAAACUAAAUGGCUUACCAACCACUGAAGAAAUGGAACAACAAAAGCUCAUGGAAAAAGUGAUGAAUGCAGAAAAUUCUCCUUUUAAAGACUCUCCAUAUGAUCCUCCUAAAUAUGGUGAAGGUCCACAGAUUCCUUUUAAACAGUAAUUCGAACAAUGAGAGGUUUUAGAAUAAUCUUCAAUAUU